GAAGUCCGAAUAUUAAAACGAGUUACUGUUGGUAAUAGUAGAAGGUAGGUACUCCCUAGGGGGUCAUUCCUUGCUUCAACACGCUUCCUUUGCAAAACAUGCGAUACGUGUUCUACCAGUCAUUCAAUAUCCGUUAUAAUAACUCCCAAGGCGAUUGACGAAGGUACGUAACUGCUGAGUGAUCCCAAGAGUCCCGUCUCCAAUGCUACAGUUUCCAGUCGUUCCUACAGCAGCCGAGGAGGGGUCAAAGUUCACGCCGAGAGACGUUCGCGUGGACGCCAUGAGAUGUCGCUUCUUGCUACGGACUUAUGGAUCGCUAUCGGGGUGGCUGCCCCAGCAUGCCUCGAUGCAACCACGACGCACCCUCACCGCCAGUGCAGACAGUCUCGAGCGCGGUGCACGCAGGUGUAGACGCACGUGUGCACGCGACCUCAUGUCGAUUAGUGGUCCGUCCGUGUGUGUGCGCCUUGCACGCGCGUCCUCGUGUACUUUGGCGGCUUAACACCGACCCUGAGAGACUGUCACAUCGCGUCCGUCCUUGUGUGUUCACCAGCUAACGAGAGGACAGCUACUGCCGAAGAAAGUCAAUAAACGCACCCGUCAGCGAUUUUUCAGGACACGUAUCUGUUUUCAGCGUAACAGACGAGAGGUCAAAGCGACAAAUAACAAUGGAGAACGCCAAGGAGGAGACGAUAAAUAUGCAGCUCAUCGGUUCCGAGAGUCCGUACAAAGUUAACAAUGAAAUCGCCGGAAGUGGCCUGAACGCGUCGGAAGUUCCAAUAUCGCCGACUACAAACGUAGAAGACUAUGACCCCCAUAAACAUCGAAAUAGGCCGAAUCCAACUUCAAACGCGGAGACUCUGAUUCACUUGCUGAAGGGAAGUCUGGGCACGGGGAUCUUGGCGAUGCCAAACGCGUUCUGCAACAGUGGACUUGUGACCGGUGUGAUAGCCACAGUGAUCAUAGGAGUGUUAUGCACUUAUUGCUUGCACGUACUAGUGAAAGCUCAGUACAAACUGUGUAAACGGUUAAGAGUUCCUAUAUUGAGUUACCCGAUGAGCAUGAAGUACGCUCUCGAGGAAGGUCCUGUGUGUGUCAGGUGGUUCGCACCCUAUGCACCAGGUCUCGUAGACGGGUUCAUGAUAGCGUAUCAAUUGGGAAUAUGCUGCGUUUAUAUCGUAUUUGUAGCGUCCAAUAUCAAGCAGGUGGCUGACGAGUACUGGGCACCGUUGGACGUUAAAACGCACAUGCUCAUUUUAUUGCUACCGCUGAUUUUGAUAAAUUACGUUAGGAACCUGAAGUUACUGGCGCCGUUCUCCACUCUGGCGAACGCGAUCACGUUCGUCGGGCUUGCCAUGAUUCUGGUGUACAUGUUCGAGGAUCUACCGUCGCCCAGCGAGAGGGAGAUGUUCGGCACGCUCCGAAACUUCUCCCUCUACUUUGGAACGACGUUGUUCGCCCUGGAAGCCGUCGGAGUGAUCAUAGCGCUAGAAAACAAUAUGAAGACACCUCAAUACUUCGGCGGCUACUGUGGUGUCCUCAACAUUGGAAUGACCGUGAUAGUGGCGCUAUACAUUCUCAUGGGAUUCUUCGGUUACAUAAAAUACGGAUCCGAUGCCGGCGGUAGCGUCACCUUCAAUCUACCCCGUGAUCAGGUUAUGGCGCAAAGCAUCAAGAUUAUGUUCGCGAUCGCCAUUUUCAUCACUCACGCUCUGCAAGGAUACGUCCCUGUCGAGAUAAUAUGGAACACUUACCUGGAUCAGAAGAUACAGAGGCGAAAACUUUUCUGGGAGUACGUCUGUCGUACCAUCAUCACUUUGGUGACGUUCACGCUGGCUGUCGCCGUGCCCAGGCUGGGACUGUUCAUCUCCCUGUUCGGAGCACUCUGUCUUUCAGCCCUUGGGAUAGCCUUUCCAGCGAUCAUCGAGAUCUGCGUGCUCUGGCCGGAAAGAGAGCUGGGUCCUUGCAUGAUCCUACUGGUGAAGAAUUUGUGUCUGAUCGUAUUCGGUCUGCUGGGUCUGGUGGUGGGCACCUACGUUAGCAUCGUCGACAUAGUAAACUCCUUCAAGUGAGGGCUGGGAACAGGAACGACUCAAGAAAAGCAAAGAGCGAAAUUAUGAGGGGGAAGAAGGAGAGAAUACAAAAAAAAAAAAAAAAAAAAAAUGGGAACACUCGUUCGCGUAGGGGACGCGCCGCAGCUUCAAUCAGUUUAGCUUACAGAGCGGUGCAUUAGGUAGACAGUGCCUCGUUAAACGCAGUGGCAGAGAGUAUUUUAGGGAACGCGAGCAGCCAGAGAUCAGAUUCGGGAUAAACGCUUCACACGCGUCGCCGCCGUUUGUAGCACACGUAGACCGAAUUCGUAGUUUUUAAACGAUAAGACGAGAGGAGUGGUACCGUGUUGGGCAGGUGGUUCGAAGGGUACGGUCUCUCUGGUCAAAGAGGUGGGGAAUGAACGGUGGUGCACCCGGAUAUGUAAAGAAAGAAAAUGUUACCUUGGAUACGCCACCGAAGACGGAUAAAAUGAACACAGGGUGUCCCUAUAACAUUUUGCUCAAACUUUCCUUCGGUUCGGUGAAUUUCACUAAUCGCGUAUGCGCCAUUCACUAGUUAACACGUACGUUACGAAUUUAUAAAGUUCAUGAAUGUAUCAUAAAUUCGUAAAUAUGUCAGAAAUUGGCGAGCUCUGUUGUAAAUUUCUACAGAUUCUAUAGAUUUGUUACGAAGUUGUGAACUUCGCUUUGUAAAUUUAUUGAGCUAUCGUUUUAAAGUUUGGCUAAAUAUUUUAAGUACACUGAAUAUAAAUGGCGAUUACCGAACAGAGGCCGAAAGGAUCGAUGCUUUUUACGAUAGUCAGGCGAAAGAACGAAAACGUGUCGAUACUUACUAAUUGCAAGGAUGAAAUGUAUCGUAAAUGUACGUCUCGCCAAAGACUAUAACUUGCCAAAGUUCGAGGCUAACUUUGUUGGAACCACGUUUCUUGCCAUUUGUGGUAGAAAUAUUACCGACGAUGUUAAACGGCGACUUUGAACGUGGCGCCUAUAUGCAUGACUGAUCUCUAGCUCAAUUUAGUUGCACUGCCUACAAGUACUAGAAUAAGAACUAACACGCACGACUUAAAGUCUCUGUGGGCUUUGCUCCACUGGAGUCUAUAUAAUGAAAGUACCUUAGAUAACUCAUUAACGAAAUAGGCCUUAUUGUAUAAGCAAUUCCCUUGGCGAGGUAGUCGUUCCAUAGUCUUAGAUCUUCUAAGUAAGGAUUCACCAUUCUUUUUCGCGAGACGAGAUGAAGUAGUGGGAGAAGCCAAACUGAGUAUUGGGAUAGUCUCUCUCAGUCGUCUCGGCAGAUGAAUUUAUUCUGUCUAAACUAGAAUACCAUAGACGGAUAAUAAACAACAUUUCAUUCGACAGCACAUUAUCGAACUGCGUUAAUUUAAAAUACGAUAAAAGUUUUGUACAGAUCUGUAUCUUCAUCCUUGCGAUUAGUACCUCGUCUCGCAAAGCUUGGCCCGAGGAUACGAAAGUCCAAAUCGAGUGACCAAUCGAACGACGCCCAGCACCGAACUCAAUUCGCUCUCGAAAAUGAAAAGAAGAAGAAAAAAAAAAAAAGAAGACAAAUCGUCGACGAUAUCACGCGACAAACGAUACCUGUGAUCGAAGAUUUUAUACAGGAAUGAACGAUGCAUUUCUAUUGAAUUGUUGAACGAGUUACAGAUGUAUACAGACGUUAAUUGUUCUCCAACUUCCGGUAGGAUGUUCGCCAGUCGUGACACGAGUACUUACGUUUGCGUGCAAUGCACACUGCGCGCCUACGGGGUUGGGAUAAAAGUAUUUAUGGGAAUUGAAAUUUAAUUUGAUCUGGUUGAGAACGCGAAUGUGUUUCUGUAAGAACUCUUCUUCCAAUCUUAUACGCGCAGUGAGCGUGGUUCAGGCGUUGACAAAGGAUAUUUAACAGCCAUUGAUAUUUGUAGAAUAGAAUUAUCGGUGUAGGCACCUACUUGUUGACUUGCUGUUACGAUAGAGCGUUAUUGAUGAUGUUGAAAAAUGGCUUUAGAAGAAACGAGAGAGAGAGAGAGUUUAAGUCAGCGUUGCCGAAGAUGAUCUGAUACGUAUGUCGUGAUUAACUCUUGGACCAUUCAGGAAGGAAGGAAAGAAAAUCGAAGGAAGUUAUUCGGAGGUCAGUGUACUCUGAAGAAGGGUUGAAGAAGGGUUGAAGAAGACGAGAAGUUGACACUGUUGCCACUCAAAGAUUUAUAUGAAACUAAUUAUUUAUACUUUUGUUACCUCUGAAAUAACGGUUGAAGAAGAUAAAAGUUAACAUUGUUGCCACUAAAAAGAUUGAUAUAAAAUUAAUUAUUUAUACCUUCGUUACCUAUGAAGAAGGAUCGAACGAGACAAAACUCGACACCUGCGUUCUUCAAGAAUUAAAAACGACCAAAAUGUGUUCCCCAGGAGUGAAACUAAAUGAAUUAAUUUUUAUUGUCUUCGCUCUAAGGAAGAGUUCUCAUCGAUAUCUCCUCUCAACGUCGGAACCUUGCUGCAGUCGUACACUAUGACGGAUAAAAGCAAUAACAAGGACGAUGAAAUGCUAUGGGUCGACAGAUGCCCAACCGAUACACGUAGAGCAUUCUAACGCCAUAUUUUCUACUCGAGAAGCUUGCGCGACAAUUCCAGCUGCUGCAAGCGAAGCAGGGUAAACCAAACACAGUUCAAACGACACCGUCAUGACGAAUUAUCGCUACUUUGUAUUUGUAUCGUCGCUAAUAAUUGCGAUUUUGCAUCGAAUUGCACGUUCGUUCGCGUCACGACGCUCUGUUGAGCGAGAAUCAGGGACGGGCAAAAUUUCUAAUCAGAUAAAAAGAAAAUUGAAUUGUUAAAUCGAUAGAAAUUACAUUCCUUGCCUUUAUAUUUAAUCACUUGCAACUUCGGUUCGAGCAGAAAUGAUCAUUUUGUCACUAUAUGUUAAAUUACCAAUCUUCCACGUGCUUUAACAAGGUUGGUACGUUAACGUAUCAAAAUGGCGAGUAUGUGUUUGAAUUAGAGUUACACUAUUGAUUGAAUAUAGAGAAACAGAAUCAAUUUCUCUUGCCUGUCUCUGGCAAAAAUCGAUUCGUUUACGCGUCUUUAAUGGAUCCACGACGAUCGCACAAUCAUUCUGCCGCAAUCUUUCGUUCGUCGCGACGCUUACCGACUCGUAUCGUUCUCCUGGAAUUUUACACGUUAAAGAAAGAAAGAACAGCGAAAACGAAGGAAACAUCCAAAUCGAGGGUCGUACUUACGAUAAUCGAGAGGACAUCGGUGAAACCAGGUACGCGUUCGCGGCAUCCCUUAUUUCCAGCUGUACCGAUUUAUUCAGAAAACAAUCGUCGAGAUUUUGUACGUUUCUAAAGGGUUUCUUUUUUCUUAAGAGAUCUGCAUUUUGUGUGCACGUUUUAAAUUUCAGUUCUUUCUUUUUCGUCGUUAUAUGUCUGAUAUAAUAAACACUCUAUUCUUA